ACCGUCUCAGGAUCAGUCAAGUAUAGCCGUCAAUUCACCGUCGAUAUCACUUUAAUGUUUAUUGCUAUUUUACCAUUCACAUCAUUAUAAUUUGGAGAAGUAAACUACUUGUUAUCGAGUGACCCUUAAAACUAUAUAUUUAUUAUUGAAGGAGUGUAAUGAAGCAAGGACCUUAAUGCUUUUCAAAGGGAGGCGGGACUUUGUGGUAGACUGCUCCGUAUCAUUGAAGCAUCUAUACUUAUUACCUGGCGAAAUAAUAAUUUCAUACUUUCAUCUCUGAAUACAAUAGUUUAACAGAAAGUUGUUCUGAAGAAAUUUGUUUUUAUCAAUAUAGACAGACUUCAGAGCUAAAACUAAAUGUGUAACAUUUAAGAGACUAUAUUCAUACUGAAUUAUAUCAGAGCCUUGAAUUGGAUUAUUGAAAAGCUGAUUUUGAAUGAAAAUUGUGAAAUUUUGGAGUUUAAAAGAAAAUUUGAAUAUUAACAGGUAACAGUUGUAUAUCAUCCACUAAACAUGAUGUCAAAGUUUACAGAUUUAUAGAAAAGGACAGUAAUUCAGUGAGGAGGAUAAAAUAGAGAAAAGUGUUAUGUGGCCAUACAGGAUAUAAAACAGAACUGUCAACUACAACAAGAUAGGUGUAAACUAUCCAUAUCUAUACAACGCUGACUUCCAAUGUGGAUAAAGUUGUGACAUUGUAACAAAAGGUGUUAAUUGUCAUGUAAAUAUUUGCUCCAGAGGAAACAAAUCUAUGGAAUAAUCUGGUUACCAUUCCAUUAGAAACUCAAUCAUCUUAUAUUAAAAGAUGCUGAUGAUGAUACACACAGGUGUGGUCGGAGUUAUCUACCAUGGAUUAUACCUGUAAAAUUAAAUAAGAGAGUUGAAUUACGAAGAUAAGAAGUGAAAUAUUACCUACAGAGAUUUAAGUAAAAUAAAGACAAGAUGGAGCACAUAGAACCAUUGAAGCAACUGGUACUUUACAUUUCCAUAGCAACAGUUUUAUUUAUUAAUACAGUAUUAUCAGUACAGUCAUUCUAUGAACAACCUCGCAGUCACAAUGCUACAGUGAAUAGUACAGUAAUAUUUAAAUGUGUGAUACAGAACAAAGCUGGAGAAGUUCAAUGGAUGCAUGAUGGAUUAUCUCUCGGAUCAGAUAGAGAUUAUUCAGGGUAUGACCGAUACUCUGUCAUUGGUGGACGCAACGGUGUUCUGGAGGAAUUUAGUUUGAAGAUCACCGAUGUACAAUUGAAAGAUGAUGGUGAAUACAUAUGUUUUGUACUACGUACACAGUCUGAUCUUAGCAUUAAAACUGACCCACCAGUUACUCUUACAGUGUUAGUAAGACCAGAUCCUCCUGUGAUACAAGGUGGAAGUUUACAGAAAGUUACAUUAGGAGAGCAUAGAAAUUUAUCUUGUACAUCAGCCAAUGGCAAGCCAGGAGCAGAAAUCACAUGGUAUAAAGAUUCUGUACGAAUUGUUGAUAAAGUUUUCAGUGUGACUGAUAGAAAUGGUGUUAAAGACAAAAGGGAAACGACUAUCAGUCAUGUGACAAUUAUUCCUACAGAAGAGGAUCAUGGGAAGAGAAUAGAAUGUCGAGCAACUAACGCAGUACAAAUUCAACCUUUGAAAGCACUUGCUACUUUAGAUGUACAAUUUAAGCCUAGUAUAACCCUUAAAGUAAAUAUUACACGAAAGUUGCGAGAACAUGACUAUGUUAGAUUUACAUGUGAUGCUAAAGCAAAUCCUUCAGAAAUCACUUGGAAAUGGUAUAAAGAUGGAGAAUUUAUCCCUGGUGAAUCAAAGUUUACCUUGGACAUUGCCAACCUAAACCGAGAUGAUCAUCGUAGUAUACUGAUGUGUGAGGGCGAAAAUGCUAUCGGUAUUUCUAGGGCAACCACCACACUGGAUAUAGAAUAUGGUCCUAAAUUUGUCAACUUAAACAGCCAUAUACCUGUUGACCUUGGAACAUCAGUAACCUUGAACUGUGAAGCAGACGGCAACCCUUUACCCAGUAUUAUAUGGCGACGUGGUAGUUACCCUGAUGCCUUGAGUACAGAAAGACAGUACACUGUGCAUAACAUACAAGACCAUGAUCUAGGGCUAUAUAAAUGUACAGCCUCCUCCAUUAAUGCUGGAUUUGCUCCUAUUGAUGCAGAAAUUUACCUCAUGAGAAAAGAUCAACCAAAGAUAACCAGUUCUAAGAUACAGUACGCUGCCAAGGGAUCAACAGCAGACAUAGAAUGUAAAGCAAGAUCUGUUCCUAAUGCAGAUGAGGUUAUAUGGAUACGGAACGGAAAAGAGAUAGACUUUGCUUCGUCUGAACGAUACUCGUUUUCAGAAACUAGGAAACCAGAUGGUGUUAUAAAUACAUUACACAUACAGGAUUCAGAUGAUGAUGACUUUGGAGUUUAUAAUUGUACAGUUGUUAACAGUAUGGGACUGGAUUUCUUAGCUAUAACUCUCAAUCAGAAAGAAAUACUUGCUUUGUCAUACAUAGUAGGAGGAGUCAUUGGUGGAGUGGCAGUUAUAUUUAUCAUUGCUAUAGCUUGUGUGUUGUACCAUCGAUACAAAGGAUCUGAUAAUGAAUCCUAUGCAGAAACAGACAGUAAUACAGAAAUAAAAAAGAGAGAGAAAUCAGACUCUCCAACUGAAUUCCAGAAAGGAACACUAAUGGAUCAGUGGCGCCAAGAUCUCAAUUUCCAUUGUCCCCCUACUGAUUUUGAUGAAGUUUAUGGAAAAAUGAAUGGCACUGAAUCGAAAGUUACAAGUGGUUAUGGAACGUUACGAUCAGAAAAUUACAUAAAUGGUUAUGACAACCAUAAUGGACAUUUAUUUAGUGAUUAUAUACAUAGAUCUGAUGAAACAAUACCUGGGGACAGUCUCAUGGAUAAUGGGGUCCAUCAGUACGGAACCAGUACAUUCCGAUCACGACCAGAUUUUAACAAAUCUUCAGAUUCAGAUCCAUAUCAACUCCCUCCAGCUGAUAUUUCUACAACAAAACUAGCUACAAAUGUAUGAAACACUCUUUCUCAUUGGUUUGUGGAAACAAGUUUUCAUAUUUGUCGCAGAACUUUGAAUUUAAAAAAGUUGCAACUAAUGAUAAUAACAAUAUUGUUUUCCUGUGAGAAAAGCUAAUAAACAGAGAUGCAAUGUGUUGCAUUACACUUUUACUAUUUAGUGUCAAUUGUAUAAAGACCAAAGUAUAUAUGUUAUGACAUGCAGACUCUGAUGACCUUGAACUUUAAGUUAUUCAAGGAAAAAAUUGUCACAGUGAAGAAUGUUUUCCUGAAUUAUUUAUGAAAAUAAGUUGUCAUGGAAAUAACCCUGUGUCAGGAUAAUAAUCAGAAAAAAUGUUGGAUCUAUAUAAAAUCUAUUCAGAUACUGAUACUGAGUCAUAAUAAAUAGUUGGUGCUAGCCAAGAUGCCUGUGUGUUGAUGGAAGUUACAGGUUCAAAAAGAAGGACAUUAGUUGCAAUGGUGUGCAACAUAAAAAUUAGAACAACAGUUGUAUAUAAGCUUGUUUAAGUUACAUAUGAAGGUUAAUGUAACACGAUCUCGUGAAUAUUGAUAAUGCAAUAUGAAAUAUGUUUGUCAUUAUGCAACAGCCAAUAGAACUCUUGUCACAAUCAUCAAAACUGUGCCAGAAAAAGACAAUUCAAUUUAUAUUUGUCUGUCAUUACAAAUGUGUAAUUGUAUUGUUUAGAUUUCAAAAUCAAAGACUGUGUGUACAUGUGUGUGUUGUGUAACAUUAGUGCUAAGUGAUCUCUACUUAAAUGUGGCGCUGGUAGCUGUAUCUAAUAAUUAAUGUUAUGUUUACAUUGUGAUCACCUGUUUAUAAUGGUAUAUCUGUUUACAUUGUGAUCACCUGUUUAGUAUGGUAUAUCUGUUUACAUUGUGAUCACCUGUUUAGUAUGGUAUAUCUGUUUACAUUGUGAUCACCUGUUUAGUAUGGUAUAUCUGUUUACAUUGUGAUCACCUGUUUAGUAUGGUAUAUCUGUUUACAUUGUGAUCACCUGUUUAUAAUGGUAUAUCUGUUUACAUUGUGAUCACCUGUUUAGUAUGGUAUAUCUGUUUACAUUGUGAUCACCUGUUUAGUAUGGUAUAUCUUUUUACA